GCCUACCUCCAGUUCUUGCCAAAAAACCAAACAGUUCUCGUAUAAACAAAACAUUUUUACGUAUUGUGGAUGAUUUGGAUAAUGUCAAGAUUGAUGCUGAGUCAAUUGAUACAGAUGGUGCCUCAAAUGAACUUCAUGAAAAUGGUAAUGCAUCUGUUGUUGUUGCUGAUGGUGCACCUACAGAACAAAAUGCUACUAGUAAUACGGCACACGUACAUAUUGUCUAUAAUUCUAACAAUGACCCUAUGGCAUAUGAUGCCAUGGAGGAUGACUACUCCGAUGUUGACACUGACGGCACGGACGACGAUGACAACCCAAAUACAGGUCUUUUAACAGUCAACACUGAAGAGAGCUCAACGAAUCGUAAAAUAUCAUAUUCAUAUAAAAAGGUUUAUGACAGUCUUAAACCACAGGAUUUACGUGAAAUAUUGGAUUCUGCAUCAUCGUUGAAUACUGUUAAUACACAGGAAGAACCAAAGAAACCAUUUGAUAUUGAUGAAUCAGAUGACACGGACCUGGAAGAAGAGGAAAGGCCUUCCAAAAUGCCCUCCCAAGUUGAUAUCUACAAUACGGCGUGCAAAAAGUUUGGAAUCGUGCCAUCUUCCAACCUUCUUAAACAACUGCAGCUUGAUCGUGCAAUUUUGGACAUGACAAAUAGGAGCAUUGGACCAUUGGGAACCAGAGCUUUAUGCAUUCCUCUCUUGUCCAACACAAAGGUGAAAGUCCUGAGGCUACAGGGCUGUGAUGUAGGAGAGAGCGGAGCUAGAGCUGUAGCUGACAUGUUAAAAGAAAAUGUUAUCAUUACAGAUGUGGACCUAUCUGAGAACAAUAUAGGUAGCAAGGGAGCGGAGUACAUAUGUGAAAUGCUAAUGGAUAAUGCUGGUAUAAAUUCUUUGAAUCUCGCAGGUAAUAACUUCCAAGAGAGGGAUGCAGAAAAGUUUGCUGCUGCUAUAACGAAAACAUUUCGUCUUCAAGAACUUGAUCUCAGUCAUAAUGACUUUCGAGAGGCUGGUGGAAUAUUACUUGGUCAAGCCAUAGCUGACAACACAACGCUUGAGAUACUCAACCUAAGCUGGAAUCAUCUACGCCUUAAAGGGGGACGUGCCAUAGCUAAAGGUAUCGCUUUUAAUGACAGUAUCCAAGUACUCGACCUAUCAUGGAAUGGGAUAUCUAAUGAUGGUGCUAAAGCUAUGGGGACGGCCCUAAAGAGGAAUACAACUCUAGUUGAACUGGACUUGUCCUGUAAUAGAAUCAGCUUAGAGGGCAUUGUCAGUUUCUGUACAGGUUUGAGGUUGAACACGACCCUUCAGAUACUAAAGAUUAGUAAGAAUCCAUUGACUACAAUGGGAGCCUGUUUGAUCCUAGAAAUGUUGAAGAAAAGCAAAAAGUCUGCACUGGCUAGACUAGAAAUAUCUGCUGUGGAUAUAACAGAUGAGUUUUACCAACUACUUGAUGAGGUACAAGCAAAACGGCCUCAUUUUCAUGUCAUACACGGUGGCUAUGUGCGUCACAAUGAUGCAUUUGCAGAACGUCUUAUACGCGAGGGUACCAUGAAGGACCCGCUGGUAUUACUGAUGCGGUUCAUUAGGCAAAAUAACUACAGGAUGAUUGACUUUUUCUCACAUUUUGACGGUGAUAAGAAUUGGAAUGUUACAACUGAUGAGUUCAGGAAAGGCAUACGAAGUAUUGGGCUGCCAUUAAAUCACCUUCAAAUCGAAGAGUUGAUAAAACAUUUUGACUACAACAACAAUGGAGAAAUCGAUUUUAGAGAAUUGAUGCAAACACAUAGGAAUUACCGCCAUAAAGUAAGACGUAAGAUGAAACGCCAGAAGCAGCGGUCUCGUGUAACAACGCCAAUUCAAGAUCUCCCUGGUAUGGUGAAUGAGCUAACAACAACAAGACCUCCUGGUGGAGAGAAAACUUUAGUGAGGCCUUUUUCUCAGACAUCAAGUACCAUGCCUUCGCUAUAUACCCCCAGACCCAAAAGCUCGACAUUUCAGCGCCAAACUAUCAACUCACCUGCAACCUUCGAUAGAUUAAGCAGUGGAAUAUCAACCCCAGAUAGUCGAAGCACUCGGAGUACAACCCCUGGUUUUCGUCCACAUAGCGGCAGAUCAUAUGGUGGUCGACCCCUUAGUGGAAGACCACUGAAUGAUAGACGCGGUAGUCUACCACUAAGUGCCACCAUACAAAGCUUUGGGGCAGAUGCUAAAGAUAUCAAAAAGGCCUCCAAGUCUGCUUUGAUAAACUUUCAAGCUAACUCUUCUAUAGAUACUUUGAACACAUUAAGCGUUGAUUCACAAAGUAGCCUUACUUUGCCACCCCUUGGUAGAUAAUCACCAUCGUGAGAUAUCACAGCCUCCUGUCAAUUUCCUCCUUCUAGAAUGGUCUGAGUAUCAGAAUAGAUAACCACUAUAUCCAUAAGCAGAGGCGUAUUGCAUACGGAUUUUGUUGUUGCGUCACCACUAAUACAAGAAUUUGUUUGUUGCGACUGGUGUUUUGCAGUAUGCAGCCCGUUUUUGGUAAUCAACGUCUGUGUGUGAGUGGCUUGAGGUUUUAUGAAUGCAUAUUGUGAUGUUAAAGGUGAUUUUGGACAUUAAAUCUGUCAAUAUGGUAACAGAAUAAGAUUAAAACAAUUCUAAAACUUCUUAAACGUUGAAAAUCUAAAUCACUAUCAGGGUGAAUUAAAAUUCCUCCGUAGCAAUACCAGCACAUAAGCAUCUGUAGAAAAUAUGCAUGAAUAUUGGUUACCAUGGCAACGAAUCAAAGCACUUAUGUUUUUAGAGCUUUUCACUCUCUAAUAAUGUGCGACAUGCAUAUAUGUAAAGAAUAAAUACAAUAUAAAUG